AUGUACUUCGCCCAAACGACUGCAUUCUACUACGGAGAGGAGGCAUUUGCCAUAAGGAUGCAAGCCUACGAUGAUAUCCUCUGGGUCGUCUUAGAGUGGCUCGAGAGCAUCAAAUUCAUCAACGAACACUCGUCUACCCAGAACCAGCCAUGGCACGCCCAGCAGUUCAUCCCAGCAUUCUCCCACCGCGCGCGCAUAUUCUACCAACUCUCCGAAGCCGGCUGGGACUGGCGCCUUUGCGGCGGCGGCAUGACAUGGAACCCACGCCUCCUCCCCUACAAAAACGCCAUCACAAACCAGCUCUUCAUCGCCGCAAGCGCGAGCAUGUACCUUCACUUCCCCGGCGACGACAACUGUAGCCCCUUCCUCUCCGCCUCCAACGAAUGCAGUCGCCGCCCCCACGACCCAGCAUUCCUGAAGAACGCCAUCGACGGCUAUACUUGGCUGAACAACUCGGGCAUGCGGAAUCCUCAGGGCUUGUACACGGACGGAUUCCACAUCAGCGGCUACCGCUCGAAUCGCAGCAAGACGACGUGUGACGAGCGCAACGAGAUGGUGUACACAUACAACCAAGGCGUCAUCCUCUCCGGCCUGCGCGACCUGUUCGCAGCCACGGGCAACGCCGCGUACUUAUCUGACGCGUUCGUCCUGAUUGCCAACGUCGUGCGCGCGACGGGCUGGGGCCGCAAAGACGGCAAGUGGGCUGGUCUCGGGCGCAACGGCGUCCUGGAAGACUUUUGCGAUGCGCGUGGGACGUGCAACCAGGACGGACAGACGUUCAAGGGCGUGUUUUGGCAUCAUUUGGUGGCGUUUUGUCGGCCGCUUGGUUUGCAGGGCGGGGCGAGCGAGGAGGUGCAUGGGCAGAAGUGCAAGGCGUUAAUGGAGUGGGUUGUGUGGAAUGCGAAAGCUGCGCUGCGCACGAGAGAUCGCAGGGGAAGGUUUGGGGAGUGGUGGAGCGCGGCACGACGGUCGAAUCUCGCGGGUGGUGAUGAAGAAGGCGGUGGAGUGCUCCCAGAUGGUGCGGUCGAUUAUCGAAACUACCCGGCCCUGCUCGCGGAUUGGAAGAAAGAUGAGGUGGCGCGAGAAGAUGUAUCUCAGCACAGCACAAAGCCAGCAACGUCAGGCGAUCCAAGUUCUCGCGGCCGUGGACGAACAGUCGAAACACAAGGCAGCGGCUUGUCCGUCGUGCGAGCCAUGUACGAAUUCUUGAAGCUGAGUGAGAAAGAAUCAUAG